AUGAUGGCUGUCGUCAGGUUUCGGAAAUAUAACCGGAAAUUGGAAUCAGUUGAUUCUAGAUACAGAAAAAUAAUCGGCAGAAUUUUUUUGGAAGGUACCACACAGAAAAUUAAUGAUGAUGAUAUCCAACAACAAGUGUGGAAUGACCUCAGGCGAACUGUGGUAGAUUUCUCCGGAUAUAGUUGGCGAAUUGGCGAAUUGGCGAAGCUUACGAAAUCUCAAAAUAAGGAGGAUAGGAAUGAGAACAGGGAAGCAAGAGCUAUGCGUCCUCAUGAAGAAUUUGUUGAAAAAAAAAUCACAGCCAGUCACAUAAAUACUAAUACUAUUGGGACGGUUGACGAUUAUAACCUCGAGUCAGAUUCAGAAUCAGAGGAAGAACUUGACGGCCCGGCUUUCUUCGAUGCCAUUAACGAAACAACAGAUCAACUUCUCUCAGAACAGAUUGAAAAUGAUGGCGUACCACAAGAAUAUAUUGAAAUCGAUGCAAUUGCAAUGGAUUCAGCAAAUACGGAGAUCAACCGAAUUUUAAAUGCUGACAGCUCGUUUGGUUUCAACGUGUUGUCUCCUGAAACUCUAAAAAAUGUCACAGAUUCUCAGUGGGCAUCGCUUGGUUCGGAAGAAGAUCCUCCAAGGAUCAUAGACUCCAACAUGCAGCCUCAGACGUUCGACAUAAAACUCUUCAAAAGAAAUUUGAGUUCCUGUCUGAAAAACUACAAAAGAACAGAAGAGGUCGAUCACAAUGACAUCGAAAAAUUCCAGCAAGAGGAAACCGAAAAUCUCAGAGAUGUUGAAUGCAUUUCUGCAGAUGAGGAAAAAUAUAUAUCGGAAGUAUUUGAACCGUUGAAAAGAUGUGAAUGGAACGAUCCAAUAGUUCAAGCCAUAUUAAAACGAAAUGUCAAGCUUUUCUUUUACGAAGUCUUGAGAAAUCUCUCUCAGAAUGAUUCAUGCGUAGACGAAUGCUCAUGUAGAAUGCUUGUUUCUGUUAAAGCAAAAGAAACACCACUUCAUUUAAUGGCUGCUUACUCUUCAUCUGAGUUCAUCGACAUGGUAAUCUCUGCAGGUAAACUCGAGGAGCGUUCUGAUAUUAUUCGCCAAAUUUUAAAACAAAACCUCCCUAAGUAUGACGUCGAUGAAAACUUGAUUAAAUACUGGUCACAUAGAUUCAACAGACAUGGAAUGGUUCCUGUCGAUAUUGCCGCCUCUCGGAAUUGUAAAGAAGUUAUCCGCGUUUUCAUGGAUUAUAGUUUUACACUAUCUGCUGCUGUUACCUCUACGCAGAAACCAGAAAACUCACCGAGUCUAUUGAGCCAUCUCGCACUUCACUCGAACUUGGAAUAUAUCGAUCGAGAAGAGCUUAUUGCUCUCGUUUAUACCAGCUCAAGAAAAAAAUUAGAAUAUGUUGGCUCAAUGGCGACACUGAACGGAAACACAAAAUUUAUAGAACAGCUCGAAUAUAUUAGGAAUGAUGAAUCAGUAAUUGAAAGCUUUGAAAAGUGCGACAUCAUUAAAAACAUAUCGCAUUGUACACGGUCCAGAGAACCUGUGACAAUGUUUAAUCAACGAGAAUACGAACGCCUUUUACGAUACGAAUACACUGCUUCGGGUGGUCUAAAACCCGAAAAAGAUGUUCUUGCGGACGUUACAAAUGUCGUACCAGGGCAGAUGUUGGCAAACGGAAAGAAAAUUACUUAUAACGGAGAUAAAUUUACGAUUGCUCAGAAAUUGGCUGAAAACGGACAUUAUGAAGCCUUCAAUGGGCUGAGAGAUCAUCAGAAAAGAGUCACCGACUGCUAUGGUUUUACUCCUCUCAAUUCACUGCUGCAAUUCAAUGAUGAGGAAGUGAGAACCCAAUUACCAUUUUUCCGUAGUGCGCAAAGAGAAGAUUUAUUCUUCUUCAUCUCACAAGUUAUCGUUAGAAACAGACGUGGACUGCUAAAAGAUGCUUUGGAUAUGACUCUUUCAAACCCUGAUAACUUUUCUGCUGUCCCGAAGUUAUCUCACUUGUACAAAGAGUAUGGACUUCCUGAUUAUGUUGAUUUGCCUAUGGAAACGACACUAUCACGUACUGGCGAUAUGCGCAUUAUUGAUCAAAUUUCUGAGUUGUACAAAAGGACGGAUAAUUUCACCAAAAAAAUGAAAGAAGAGGACGCUCUCCGAUGUAUUAAAUCAAUUCAAGAUAGAGCAUCUCGUUGUUCAGAACAAACUCGACUUGCUGUCAUUCUCUUAAUGCUGCAUUUUGUGGAUGUUUAUUCAUCACGAUUCAGAGCAAUAAUGAGAAUGUAUUUGAAUCGAGGAAUGGAGGACAAUGUCGCCCGCUAUGUUUUGAGAACGUAUUCAAAGCAUAAAAACACUAACAUAUUCCCAACAAACUGGAUGGAUGCGUUAGAUAAAGCAUCAACUGCCGUAGCCGAGUGGAAUGGUUCUGUUGAACAAACAAUCAUCGAAAACAUAAACGAAACUGUUUACAACAGAGUUACAGAAACUGAUAAAACUGCGAGAAUCAUUCCAAUUAUUGGGACUAAAGAAAAGCUUGCUGAACGGAGGAAAGAAGUACAACAAGAAAUGAUGCCAAGGAAGAAGCGUCAUAUUAUAACAGCAUUGGCAAACACUAUUGAACUUUUGGAUAACCUAAAACUUUGA